CUGAUGACGUCAUACAAUCAGUGCAGUAUUACAUCAAGUAUAUAAAUUUGCAGCGUAAAUCAUUGAAACAUGAUAGGCUAAUAGUUCUAGAGGCAACACAGCUACAGCUAUAAAAUAUUCUGUUCCCAUGGCAACUCACUCUUUUCCAGUCCCCUUCAACCAGAUUUCAGUAUUGUCAGCUUGAAAAUCAUUUAUCAAGGCCACAAACUCGGAUAUUCAGUGUAAGGUGUUUCAAAUACCACUGAGCUGGGUAGGAGUUCUCAAAACUAUUUGCCACCUUUCAAGUCUUAUUAAACUAGUUCAUUGUUUUGUUAAAUUUCCAGUUGGGACAUACAGCACAUGCGUGCAAUUCAGGCACAUCAAAGUCUUGAAAAGAAACACAAAGAUCGAGAGGAAGCAAGAUUGAGAGGGAAAAGGUCUGGCUGUAAAGACCAGAGAGCAAGAGAUAUAGAAUCCUUUCUUCCGCCUCCUGAAGAUGUAAUGGCAGUCGAGGUGUCAGAUACAGUACCCGUAGUAGCCUUUGGAUUUCCUGUUCCACUCUUUCAAGACAAGGAAUUUGAGAUCCCCUGGUUUAGUCUUGACAAGAGAGAACUAAUCGAGAGGAAAGGAAAAGUUAAAACUGGUAGGACUCGUGGGAAACCUCGUGGCAAACGGAAGGGUUAUUAGAAAGGGAAACAAUUAUUUCAAGCUUGAUGUUGGAAUCCUGGCUAAAUAAAGGAGACAUUUUUUUAGUGCCUGUGGAAGAUAAUUUGCUACUAAGGAAAGCUUAAAGUUCAUGUACUGACCGAGGCUGGGUUGUUUGAAAGCCGCUUAAAACACUAACCCAGGGUUAAAAGUAAACUUAAGUAUGUAAAAAUGGUUUUCACUGCUAGUAUUUUGUUUAUUAUGAUUAUUCAAGCUCAAGU